AUGAUUUUCUCAGCAACAGCUAUCGGCAUUGGAGCCCUUAUCUCGGCGGUUCCAGUGUGUGCUACCUUAUACUCCCAGACCAAAGUAUACGAUAGCACCAACUUCUUCGACGGGUUUAAUUUCACCAGUGAUCCGGAUCCCUCUGGAGGUUUUGCCAAGUAUGUAGACGCCGAAACUGCCCAGAGCUCUGGGAUGGCCAAGAUUAGCAAUGGCGCAGUCUACCUUGGUGCCAACUAUGUGGAUAAGACUACCAAUGCCCGCCCGUCAACCCGGGUCAGGUCCAAGGACGUCUUCACCACCGGCCUCUUCGUUGUUGACAUUUCUCACAUGCCUGUUGGCACUGGAAGAGGUGGCUCCUGCGGCAUCUGGCCUGCGUACUGGACCUCUGGCCCUGACUGGCCCAACUCAGGCGAGAUCGACAUCAUCGAGGGCGUCAACGGACAGAAAUCCAACUCUGUCACCCUGCAUACGGCAAAAGGGUGCAACAUGGAUGUCUCCGGGUCUGAGUCGACAGCAAACCAGACUUCUGCUGACUGUGAAGACUCCGACGCGGGUUGCUCUCAGGCCACCACAUCGUCCAACAACUAUGGUGCUGCCUUCAACGCUAACGGAGGCGGUGUGUAUGUCACGGAAUGGGCAAGCCUUUCUAUCAAUGUGUGGUUCUUUCCUCGUGGCACCGCUGCGGCUAAUGCGGUGGUUAAUGCCGGCGCUGCGGACCUGGAUGUGGCGAAGUUCGGCGCACGCUUGGCUCACUUUGAGGGCAAUUCCUGCAAUAUUGCCGAAAGAUUCAAAAUCAACUACACUAUCUUCAAUACAAACUUCUGUGGAGGGUGGGCUUCAAGGGAAUUUUUAAAUGACAAGACCUGCGCCAGCCUGGCCGACACCUGCAACGAUUAG